CCUAUACAGAUUUUCAGUCAUAUUGGGAACUAUUUUGAAGAUAACAUAAUGUGUAUAGGGUGUGAACAUCAAAAGCACAACACGGAUAUGCUUCUGACUGUUUUAUUUUUAACCUCUCUGAUUCAGGUGGUCGCACCAGGCCAUACCAUGAUGUGCCGGCAAUGUGACCAAGUCCAUCACCCCACAGAAUGCAUGACACAUGCACCUUGCCAGGCAUUUUGUGUGACCGAUGUGCACCACACGCACGGACAAUAUGUUUUCAGUUAUUCUUGCAAUGUUAUUGCUGUAUGUGAUGACUGGAAUCAUCACCAUCAUAAACCGGAUCAUCACGGACAUCAUGAAGAACACGUGUGUAAAGAAUGCUGUCAUGGAAACCUUUGUGACAAACAUUCAUGUUCCAAAUUUAUACCUAAUAUAACAACAACAACAGCGACAACCGCCCAUGUGUCUAUGUCUACACAAACCACAACAACUACAGAACGAACGACAACUGCUGGAGCAACUGCCACUUCAUCACACAGUUUAAUGAAGACAACAACACCGCAACAACAUUGUGUAGAUUCAGCGGACGCUGGAUUUACUUGUGAUGAUAUGAAAUACUUUGGGUACUGUGAUCCAAGUGCAGGGGCCGGCUACAGUCUCGCUCAAUUAAGAUGUCCAAAACAUUGUGGAUUUUGUGUAUAAAUUUAAAGUGAGACGCGUCACGACAAAACCAACAUAUUGCGUUUGCGACUGGCAUGUAUCCAGACCUACCUACGCAUCCGCGCAGUCUGAUCAGGAUCCAUGCUGUUCACUACCAGUUUCUCUAUUUGUAAUGGGAUUGGUAAGCGGACAGCAUGGAUCCUGAUCAGACUGCACGGAAUGCGCAGGGUGGUCUGGAUCCAUGCUAGUCGCAAACCCAUUAUGUUCGUUUUGUCGUGACGCGGCUCAUUUUACUAAAUAUAGAAACAACAGCAUUGAACAUCUAGAAUAAACUAUAUAUGCAUUUAAUAAUACAAUGAUAAAUUAAAAUGUAAAAAAGUAUUGACAAAUUUGUUUCCAAAAUAAUUUUUUAACAGAAAAAAUGAUUUAUAACAACACCAAGCUAACAAGUACCCUGACUCAUAGAACGUAAACAGUCUUUAUUGUUCUUGAUAUUUUUCGAUGACCAAAUGCUUCAUAAUUUUCAAGUUAUUAAAAAUGAUAGUUUUUGUUAUCAUUAUGUUCUGUUUAAUGUAUAAGGUUUUAAUAAAUAAAUAGAUAUAUAUCGAAAAUGAUA